GUUGCCGCCAUCUUGCCGCCGUCGUCUCUUCUCGCGGUAACGUUAGUGUACUGUUAGCUUGCAAGCUAACUCCAUCGUUUCCAGGUUUCGUGUCGACCUGAAAACACCAAAACUAGGCGAGACACAGACAGACGGCGCAUCCGAACGCUUUUCCACGUCCAGGCUGCACGGAGGAGCGGCACAAUGCCUCACAACUUCCAGCCCGGAGACCUCGUCUUCGCUAAAAUGAAGGGAUACCCGCACUGGCCAGCCAGGAUUGAAGACGUGGCUGAUGGAGCAGUGAAACCACCUCCUAACAAAAUCCCAAUUUUCUUCUUUGGGACACAUGAAACAGCAUUCCUUGCAGCAAAGGACCUUUUUGCCUACGAGAAGUACAGAGAACGCUACGGGAAGCCCAACAAAAGGAAGGGAUUCAACGAAGGUUUGUGGGAGAUCCAGAACAAUCCACACGCCUCCUACAGUGCCCCACCUGUACCGGCUAGCUCGUCCGACAGCGAGGGCAACAACGCCGGAGGAGGAAGCGACGAGGACGAAGACGACGAGGACGCCACGGUUCCUCGGAAAGCUGAGUCCGGAAGUGAGGUAGACUCGGAUUCCGGCAGCGAAGACCGAGGAGGAGGAGGAGGAGGAGGAGGAGGAGGAGGAGGAGGAGGAGGAGGAGGAGGAGUGAAGCGAAAGCCACAAGCUCCUAAGCGACCUCCUCCUCCAAAAAAGGCUCGCGGAUCGUCCAGUGACCGAGACGAAGAGAGCGGAUCUCCUUCUGAAUCAGAGCCGACGCCUUCAGAGUCCGACUCAGGCAAAAACAGUGACCAGGAUUUUACUCCAGAGAAGAAAUCUGGCGGACGAGGUGGAAAGAAAGCAGGAGGCAGAGGGAAGAAAAAGAAGGCUUCGUCUGACUCGGAUUCAGAAUCGGGAUCAGGGUCGGAGAAGAAAGUAGUGGACAGCGACUCCGAGGACGAGAAGCCUCGACCGGCUCUGUCUGGCUCAGAAUCUCAGUCCGGCUCAAAGUCUGACUCGGAUUCGGAUCCACCUCCUCGGAAAGGCCCGCAGGCUCGCAAGAAAAGUGCAGAGAAACCUGCGCCGAAGCCUCGUGCACGUAAACCCAAACCCGCCCCGGCAAAGCGUGCACCUUCAUCCUCCUCCGACAGUGACAGCGACAGUGAACCUGACCGCAUCAGCGAAUGGAAGAAGCGAGAUGAAGAACGCAGGCGAGAGCUGGAGGAACGCCGGAAAAAGGAGGAAGCAGAGGAGCUCCGCCGGCUACGUGAGAGGGAGAAGGAGGAAGAGGAGAAAAAGAAGAAAGACAAAGAUAAGGCUAAAAAGGGGAGCGACAGCGACAGCAGCAGCAGCUCAGAUGAAGGUAUCGAUGAUCAUCCGCUGAAGAAGUCCAAGAAACCACCUCCACCUCCGAUCCCAGCACCCUCAGACUCUGAUUCUCCACCACCAGCUGAGAUGAAGAAACCUUCCAAGAAGCUGGACAACCAGAAGAAGGCCAGAGUAAAGAAAGAGAAGGAGAGAAAAGAAAGAAAGGAAAAGGAGCUAAAGGAGAAGAAAGCCAGACGGUCAGAAGAGAAGUCCAGAGCGAGGUCUAAGCCUGAAAAACCCAAACGCAAACCGGAGAGGCCGCCGGAGAAGAAAGUGGAAAAGAAAAAGGAACCAUCACCAGAGGAAAGACUACAGAAACUCCACACAGAUAUUAAGUUUGCACUCAAAGUGGACAACCCAGACAUAGAGCGAUGUCUACAAGCACUGGAAGAGCUCGAGGCCGUACCUGUCACCAGCCAGAUCCUCCAUAAAAAUGCUGAAGUUAUUGCCACACUAAAAAAGAUUCGGCGGUAUAAAGCCAGCACUGCAGUCAUGGAAAAAGCGAGUGACGUCUACAACAAGUUGAAACUUCGCUUCGUGGGCAAAGGAGAGGUGCCAGCUAAACCUAAAACGGAGGACAAGGAACCCGAAGACGAUGAGAAGGAAACACAAAACACAGAUUCCACUCCAGUGAAUGGAGAAUCAGAGGAGAAUAAAAACGACAUGGAGGUAGAGGAAAAACCCAAAUCGCCUGCACAGGAGGAGAACAAUGACGAAACCGCUUCAAGUCCAAACAGACGAAGCCCAGACAGUCCAGCUGAGCAGCAGACACACACUUAUGAAGAAGCUGACAACUCCAUCUCCGCAGAGACGGAACCUCCUGCCAUAGAAAGCUGAGAGACCCUUAAACAACCACUGCUGUGGACCAAGUGCUAAAAGAUGGUGGCCUCUGUUCUGACGUCCUCCCCCCGGCUUCGACACACACCCAGCCAAUUCCUCCAGUGUCUGUUACGUCACCGUUGAUGUUUUGGACAUUUUGUACUUCGAUAAUAUCAAACCUGUUAGCCCCGUUCGGUCCACUGUCCAUCACAGCAACAAGGAAAGCUUCUUAGCGUGAUAGUUUGUGGCGCUGCGCAGACUUCUUUUGUUUCUGAAAUGUACUUUUCCUUUUAUACGACACUCUGCCUGUCCUGGACCCCAGACUCCUGCUCCUGGCUGCUUUCUGUAUUCAACCACAUGAACUCUUUUUUUUUUUUGUUGAUCUUUCAUACCGUAUGUAUAUUGAAUGAUUACAUUUUUAGCACUUCUAACCAGAAUUUAGGUCUGGGGUAGUAUGAGAUGAAACUGUAAUGAAUCCUACGGGGGGGAUAUUGGGAAGAAACUGAGUCGUGCUGGUGGUUUGUUGCUUUGAAGAUUUUGUGCAGCCCUUAACAUCCGUUGGCUUCGUUUUUAUAAAGCCUGCGAAACAUCACAAAGGCCUCUUGUCUGUGUGUAUGGCAUCGUGAGAGUGGUAAAGUACUAUUUGUGAGUCUUUUAUGUUAAGUAUUUCUUUUUUAUUCUCUGGUCUUGAUCCAGUUAAUCCAGUCUGAAAUGUAAAGAGUCACUUAAAACUGUUUUCCAACUGAGGUCCACCUACUUUUUUUUAUAGCCUUGUUUUCAGAUAGUCACAGUUUUGUCUCAAAUAAUAAUAACUGCUGUGGAGUUGAACACCGUGCACUCUCCUCUCCCCUAGUGUCUGCUUUCAGUAACUUGCAUCAUAAAUGGAAUAACCGUACAGAUUGAAAACUGCCCAUAAAAAGCUAUCGAGAUCUCAUGUAGCUGCAGCCUAUUUUGACAUUUCGCUGUCAUGUGCAUACAACAGGUGUUUUUAGUGCUAUGUAAAUUGGUAAAGCAUUUCUAUCACUUUGUUGAGACUUGAAUAAAAAUCUCAGCAUGA